AUGGUCAAAUACUUUUUUGUAAUUUAUGUAAUGUUCUCCGUUAUAUUUUCCCUGACACAACUAGCAAAGUAUACUCUCGAGCAUCCAGAAAACAUAAGGCUUGAAAAGCCCAUUCUAAGAACUUAUGACACAAACAAUAGUUCACCACUCUCUGAGAUGGAAAGCGGACUUGUAUUCUCGAAAAUGUAUCCACACUUAUCACACGCAUUAACCGAUCACAUAUAUCCACAUUAUUUCCGUGCUGAAUCGAGGUUUAAAAAAGAUGAUGUAACCGUUGUUACAUUUGUCACCAAAAACCGGGUAGAUGACUUGGCCAAGUUGGCUACAAUGUGGAAAGGUCCGAUAUCAGCCGUUCUACAUUUACCUCCAAAAUUAAACAUUGAUCCCUUAGCACAAGAAACGAUAAAUGCGCUAAGGAACAUAUAUUUCACCCAUCCGGACAUAAUAAAAUAUGUUGACAUACAUCUUGUGAUUGGUCCUUCUUUAUCAGGAAACAAUCUCACCACAUACCCCACACCAUCCAAUUUUUAUAUUAAUCUAGCGAGAUCUUUUGCGCGUUCCGAGUUUAUUUUCUACCUGGAUCACGACACUUGGCCAUCACCAGAUUUGCAAAGAUAUAUUAAGGAAAAUGGAAGAAUACUGUUAAACAACGAUAUACUUAUAAUUCCUACCUUCAUGUUCAUUAAUAUUACUACGGAAGAAAGUGUCACGCUUCCUCUAACAAAACGACAAGUCCGCGCCCUAGUAAGAAAUCAGGUUAUGGUCAUGCAAGAUGACGGAUGGGAACUUAAUCAUGGACCUACACAUAUGUCUAUAUACUUCAAGAGUGAUCAACCUUAUAUGAUUAAGGAAUAUGAAUUGUAUUACAGACCUAAUUUUGUAUCGAGAAAGAGUGGACCUCCAUGGUGUACGGAACGACUUGAAAACAAUAAAGCGGCGUGCUUAUUUCAAAUGUAUAUCAGUGGAUCGGAAUUAUACGUACUCCACGAUGGUUUUGUAAUCCGACAUAAUUUCAAUCCGAACUCUCACCUUAUUACCUAUGAAGAUUCAAAAUGGCAGAGAGUCAUGGAUAGCCGCAUGUAUAUCAAUUUCUCACGGGAAACGUGUCUCCAUUAUGCUCGACAAUUUGUAGCCUUGGGUAUAUGGAAGUCUCCGAUAGCAAGUCACGUUAAGAAAGAGUGCAAACGGGUUUUGGAAAGGAAGGAUGAAUCACGUUUUACAGCAAGCCAAUCAUAUUUAGGAUUGCUCUGUAGAUUCUGUAUCGAUAAUAUUGAUAAUAUGUAUUCAGUAAAAAAACGUCGCGGGAGGCCACCAACAACUGUUGCAAGUAAAAUUCGUUCAACUUUUGCUGUGUGUCCUGUGUUACCGACACACUUUCAAGAUUUCUCGGACACUUUUGUUCCACAGAGGCUUUUUCCCGACAUUUGGGCUUUGCGAUCUGCUGAUCGACGAAAAAAGAUUGCGUUAUCUAAAGACGAUAGUAACGAAGUUAAUGAAAGUUUAGAAGAGGUAACCGAACCACUUCGUUUAAAGUUGAUUAUACGCGAAGACAAAAUUCGCAAUGGUGUGAAACCACCACGGAAAAGGAAGCCCAUUCCUUUGGAUCACAAAGAAGAAUGGAAUCUUUUAAUAAAAUUAGAUAAUGUUUCCAAGCCUCUAUCACCGAAGGCUGUCAGGUUAAAAAGAAAAUUACAUCUACGAAGGCUUAAGCGAGGACUAGGUUUGAAAAUCUUUGAUAUUGAUACGAUUGUUUCGGAACAUAUGAGAUCCUCAACGCCUUUAGAAAUCUUGUCACCAUUACAAGAAGAAUUUUACGAAAUAGAAAAGCAAACUAAAGUUGUCGAAGAUAAUAGAGGGAAAAAUAUCGACGUCACAAAUCAAGUCUCAAAAAUCAUGUUUACGCCUUAUAAGAAUUCUUUCGCAUCAAGAUUAUAUGGUAAUGCACGCCUAUCAAAUACACUUACUUCAGAGGAUGCCUGGACUAGCCCUCUACAAAGGAAAUUGAGACCAUACAUUCGUCGAGAUUAUGAGACCUUACCACCAAAAUUGCGUUUGCUACAAGACAUUGCCAAAUAUGCUCAUCGAAAUGAUCCCGAUUGGUUACCGCCGCCUUCUAGUUCUAUCGAUUUUUGCUAUUUUCAAAAAGAACAUCUGAGUCAAGUUAAUGAUUUACUGCAACGAUGUUUUUGGCCAGGCAUUGAUGUUUCUGAGAAUCUCCUUUUUCCGGAUUUUAGUGUCGUUGCAAUGUAUAAACGGUUGAUAAUUGGAUGCGGGUUCAUGACACCAGAAGCUUACAUCACGUAUAUUGCUGUUUUACCUGGAUGGCAAAAGUCAGGAAUAGGACAAUUUAUGUUAUAUCACUUGAUUCAGACGAACAUGGGAAAAGAUGUCACACUUCACGUGUCGGCAAAUAAUCCGGCAAUGAUUCUUUACCAGAAGUUCGGUUUUAAACCAGAAGAAUUCAUCGUGAACUUUUAUGACAAGUAUUUGCCCGAUGGAAGUUUAGAGUGCAAAAAUGCAUUCUUUGUUAGGCUAAGAAGAUAA